AGGACAAUAUUAGAAUGUGGAGACAGUGUUCAAGGGAGGAAAUGUUUAUUUAGUUUUUAAAGGACGACUGGACUGGAAAGACAGCUUUAAAAUAAAUGGACACUGAGGGAGAAUAAAACUGAAGAUGUCUGUAUCUAAAAGUUGCCCUGGGCAUCCUCUGCUUCACACACCAAUGACAGUGCCUUUGUCAUUUCUACUGCCAGUUAGCUAAUGUGGAGACACAAAAAGACAUUUGGACAUUCAUUCAGAGGAAGGGGGAAAGCAGCAUGAAUGCUGGUGGAUUGAGAGACUGCAUCUUUGAUUAGUGCAUGUCCCUGAUCUUUUCAUUUCAUUAUUUGUUCCAGCAUAUUAUCCAUUUAUAUUCCGGUUUUGUCUGGUUUUCUCCCCAUAACCCUAUAAAAACACUAUAAUGACAAUGUGCUAUGGUAUCCUGGGCGGACAUAAACAACCAUGAGGAUUUCACUAAAUAAAUCAAUUGAAACACAAUAGACAAGAUGAACACACGGUGGCACAAUUUUACAACCUUUCCUCUUUUUACAUUUUUUUUAAGGGGCCUUGGCAUUUCAUUCCACUUGCGAAUGUCAUUUUAUAAAUGAUAUGAAGUAAACGACAUUAAAAUCGCAUUAAACAAAUGCAACGAUCAACUCUACUGAAAUAACAUUGCGAUACCCGUCCAUAAAAACGUCAUUCGCUCACAGAUCAUAAAAAUAGGACAAUGAUACUUGGGAAAUGUAGUUAUGUAGUCUAACGUGACUCCGCCCCUCCAGCCAUAGAUCUACCAAAAGAACUACAUUUCCCAAGAUGACAUCAGGGCACAGGGGGCGUGGUCUAGGUUUUCUAUAAUAAUAAAAAAACACUCCAGUAAACGCAGCGCUGAAUUUGCGAAGAGAAAACAUGAAUGACGAUCGCACUCUACUGUAAAAAAAAAUAAAUAAAUAAAAAUAGAGAUAAGAACUAGAGCGUCAGGCAAAUAUCGUCAUCACUACGCACAGGCUGUGGCUUUUAUUCCAGCGGAAAAUAAUAGCUGGCGAGUGAAGGGAGGACAGACAUCACGCGGGCAGCACGAGCAGUCAGAAGUCAGUUUACACCCAAUGGACAUGAAAAGAGUAAUGUGACAGUUUGUUUCAGUUUUAACUUGAUCCGGGUGGAGAUAUAUAUAUGAAUAAUGGACACAUGAAUCACUGCACUACCUGAACCCAACUGUGCUUUCUAUUUUAAUUAAAUGCAGAAGAAUUAUACAUUAUAAUUUUUUGUACGGGACACACCAGAAAUCUCGUCAAGGUUGCCCGACACUCCUCACCCUGUUCGAACAAAUGCUACCGUGCUUGCGAAGCGUCCUGCGGCCGAGCGUCGCUCUGAGGGCGAGCGCGCUAUUGGGACGCGUCCGCGGAAAGAGCCCGUGUGCUGCGCUGCUGCUGACGAGGGUGCACGCAUGUGGUUUGGGUACGCACCCGCACAAUGAGCCCAUGGAGCCCUUGAACUCGCCGCAGGGCGCGAGAGACUUCAUCUAUAGCCUUCAUCCCACUGAACGCACAUGCCUGCUUCGAGAACUGCACAAAUUUGAGUCUAUGGCCAUAGCUCAAGAGCAAAUGGAGAUGGCACCCCCGACAGCUGCACAGUUGAGAUAUGUACUGUUCCAUAAUGCCAUUCCAUUUAUUGGGUUUGGGUUCCUGGAUAAUGCCAUCAUGAUAGUUGCAGGUACCCAGAUUGAAUUAUCUAUAGGAGUAAUACUGGGGAUCUCAACCAUGGCUGCUGCUGCUCUUGGAAACCUUGUAUCAGACUUGGCUGGACUCGGUCUUGCAGGUUACGUGGAAGUGCUGGCCUGUAGGCUGGGGAUGCAGAUUCCUGAUUUGAGUCCCAAGCAAGUAGAUAUGUGGCAGACCAGAGUUAGUUCUCACACCGGCAAAGCCAUCGGCGUGGGCAUUGGCUGCAUACUAGGCAUGUUCCCGCUACUUUUCUACAAAGACGAUGAAGAUAAAGCAAAAAAAGAAGGAGAAGAAGCUCAACCAACUUCUAAGGACACCAAACGUGUGUGAGCAGCCUCUCUAUAGGGCAUCUGAUGUAAAGACUGACUCACCUGGAAAACAAAAGAAUCCCAGUCAGACUCCUACAGCACACACUUUGGUUAAACUAAAGUGCAUGAGGUUUUAUAAUUUUUUUAAUUGUGUUGAAACCCCCCACAGUGGUGCACAAAUUGAACAUUUAUUUGAAACAGACAGACAGAAAUGAGAGUGUGCAUCAUUCUCAACCAUAAUAGCUGCCUCCAACACUGUUGUAAGUGGUUCAUGUUUUUUUUUUUUUUAUUUGAUGUAGUUUUAUUUCACUCCUAUUAGAAGUGUAUUGUUAAGAGACCACAGUACAAAAAGCUUGACCUCUUUCUUAUUAACUUGACCCAGUCCCCAUUCAUGCACCAGUGAUGCAAAUUUAUUCAGGUCAUGGAGGCCUACGUGCUGCUUAUUUAAUGUUAAAUACUUAUGAAGACUGAUAAGAGUGCACAACAGCUUUUUUGUGCAGUGCUGUAUUUAGCUGAUGGCUUACUCCUGUUUAUUGUGAAGAUGAACUUAAGGAUAGAAUUUCAGAAUCUUGCAGUCCUAACCAGGCGAACAGUAUGGAAAGAUAUUUGUGCCACUUUGAUUUGAAAAUGUUUACUUGAAAUUGAAUAUGCCGUUUUGAACUUGAAUUACACCAAACUUGAAAUUCAAAUGUACAUGACAUGAAUUCAGAUCAUCAAAUCAGUGAAUCCAAGAAGGCUACGUCGCAUUUACGCAAAUCUGAAAGUAAAACCUGAAUUGUACCAACGGAAAUUUUGUAACCUGAGUCAGAGUAUUAAAAUUUUGAAUCUGAAUUUUAAGAUCUGAAUUAGUUCAACAUACAUUGUUUGAUGUAAUUAAAGUUGGAAAUUGCAUAUUCAAUUUAAAGUAAACAUUUUCAAAUUAAAGUCUUAAAAUUUCAAUUCAAAUGCUAGUGGCACAAAUAUCGUUCCAUAUGCCGCAAAGUUUUUAGGUGACAAGUAAUUGCAGUAAAGUCUGUCCACAAUGAAAGCAAAAAUGCAGUGUGAUGCAACACAAUUACAGCCAAUCAGAAAAUAGUUUAAGUUUAAUAUACAGGAGCAGGAUUUUGGACCAAUGAGGUUUAAUUGUGGGCGGGACUACCCAAGGCAAAGCUACAGAAAUCCAACAACCAACCAAAUCUCCUGUUGCUUGUCGCUUUAUUGAGUCAUGUCUGGUUAGGACACGGUGUUAUGGGACACUUGUAGGACAGGAUAUAAGAAUCAUUUUAUAAUAGCACCUGAAUCUAACACUACACUGAUUUUAAAUUAAAGUCUGUUGUCAUUUGUUGAGUAUAUUACAUACAAUUGAAGUAACCCAUAAACCUUGCAAUAUAUUUUACUUUAAGAACAAUUGAAACAAUAGGACUUUUUUUAUUUUCUUCAACCUGCUUAACUAAGCAUUAGAUUAAGGUUGGAAAUGGAAGAAAAUGUGCUUCCUGUUCUUGCCACCAGUUUGCAGCAUUGAGUCGAGUUUCAGAAUUGCAGUUGAGGUAUAAGACCAACAAAAAAAAAAGAAAACUCUAACAUGGCAAAAUCCAAGCAAAAGUUGUAUCGUAAGUUCUGUUGUGGGAAUUGUUGAAUUGUUAUGUGCCUUAUUGCAUGUACAGUCAGCAGUUGCCAUUAAUGUGAUUGGAAAUGUCAUCUGAAUGUCUUUUUAUCUGAAUGUCUUUAUUUUAACCCACAAGCUAAAACACAAGAUAUAACUGCUGCAUUAUUUAUUGUAAGUAUUAUCAUCUCUAUAGUCCAGAACAAUAUUUGCACAUAUUUUGUUCUAAAUGUAAUCUAUAUUAUGCAUUUCUCAUGCUAUCUACACAUUUCUAUUUUUUGUGUUAUCUGAUAGGUUGGUCGGUUUGUUCUAGUUUUUGUUUUUUUUUUCCUUCAAAGUUAAAACUUUAAAGACAACCUGAAGCAGCGUUCGCAGAACCUCACAACCCCAAUGUAGGAUGUGACUUAAUUUCGUUGAUUGGGAAUUGAUUGGAUUGUGAGAAGUGGUUUCUAAAUAACAGUUUGUUACAGAGGUUUGAAAAAACAAGGCGAAUAGGUUAUUACAUGUAUUAAGAAAAUAAAUAGGGUCAAUUCUGAUUUCACAUAGAUUCAGUCUAGUCUAAAUGAUACUUUUUAAGUAGUUUUUUUUAUUAUUAUUAUUAUUAUUCUAUAGUACAUUUUAGUCUAUUAUAACUUGAGCAAUUUCAACAUAUAACAGGAAGGAAUCAAAGCAUGUCUUAAGGGAGCAUUCUGUUACUCCACACAGAACAUUACUUAAGAUUCUAGAUCAUCGUAACCAUGGAAACUGUCCGUCUCUUCAAUAGAGAGGCUCAAUGCUGAGCUCUGUCGGACAGGGUGGCCUAAAUAUAAUCUUGGUCAUUUCAUGAAAUUCAAUGGAGAUCAAGUUUAAGCAAGCAUGACAAACUUGUGCAUGUAUGGUUCUCAGUUGUGAAGUCAAAGAUAAAUGAGAUUAUACAGUAAGUGAUUAAGCUUAAAGUGUCAAUUUGUCCUAUAUUGAUAAUAGUGAUUUAAUUCGAGACCUAAACGGCUCUAUGCGUUACAAUGGAAACAAAAAUUAUAGAUGGAAGGAGACAUUUUAUACAUGCAUGCAUUUCAAAUGAAUUAUUUAUGUCUUUAAGAAAUAGUGGAAAGUAGUCAUUUGAAACAAUCAUUGUUCAAGGUUAUUUGUUCAAAUUUGUUUAUUGUUCAAACUUACUUGCAUGCUGUUAUGAGAACUUUAUGUUGCACUGAAUAAAUCAGCAUCAUGUCCAUAUAGUAUGCAUAAGAGAAAAAAACCUGAUAUUUUCUUAAAAUUGAAAACCUUACCUCAAUAAUUAGAGUGAGUAAAAUCUU